AUGGCGACCGCGCUGCGCCGGCUUGGGCCCUGCGCGCGCAUGCGCCAGCCCCUGCAAAAUGAGAACAUCCGUUGCUUAACCACGCGUGACCAUUUUGGGUUUGAAUGUUUGCCCACCCAGUUGGUGACCAAAUCUCUGCAGAAAGGGUUUACUUUUAAUAUUCUCUGUGUGGGAGAAACUGGAAUCGGAAAAUCAACACUGAUUAACACCCUGUUUAAUACUAAUUUGAAAGAUAGCAAAUCUUCCCAUUUUUACUCAAAUGUUGGACUCAAGGUUAAGACAUAUGAACUUCUGGAAAGAAAUGUGCCAUUGAAGCUGACCAUUGUGAAAACAGUGGGGUAUGGUGACCAGCUAAGCAAAGAGGCCAGCUACAAGCCAGUAGUUGAGUACAUCGAUGCUCAGUUUGAGUUGUACCUUCAGGAAGAGCUGAAGAUUAAGCGCUCCUUGGCUGACUUCCAUGACUCACGCAUCCACGUCUGCCUCUACUUCAUUGCACCUACGGGACAUUCCCUGAAGACCCUGGACCUGAUAACCAUGAAGAGCAUCGACAGCAAGGUGAAUAUCAUACCAUUGAUUGCCAAAGCAGAUGCACUUUCUAAAAGUGAUCUACAGAGGUUUAAGAGCAAUGUAAUGAGGGAGCUGAUCAGCAGUGGCAUCCGGCUCUACCAGUUCCCGGCAUAUGAUGAGACCAGUGCUCAAGCCAGCGCCUCCACAGAUGGGCUGUUACCCUUUGCUGUAGUAGGGAGUAUGGAGGAAGUGAAAGUUGGAAAGAGGAUGGUCAGAGGCCGUCAGUACCCUUGGGGAGUUUUACAAGUGGAAAAUGAAAAUCACUGUGACUUAGUUAAGCUCCGGGAUAUACUCCUUUGCACCAAUAUGGAAGACCUGAAAGAACAAACCCACACCUAUCUCUAUGAAUCAUACAGGUCCAACAAACUGCAGAAAUUGGGCUUUACGGAUGUGGGCCCAGAUAAUCAGCCAGUCAGUUUUCAAGAGUUGUAUAAAGCCAAAAGACAAGAGUUUUAUGAUCAAUGUAAGAAGGAAGAAGCUGAGUUGAAACAGAGGUUUAUGCAACGUGUAAAGGAAAAAGAAGCAACAUUCAAAGAUGCUGAAAAAGAGCUGCAGGAUAAGUUUGAGCACCUUAAAAGGGUUCAGCAAGAGGAGAUAAUAAAACUUGAAGAAGAUAGAAGGAAAUUGGAAGAAGAGAUUGUAGAUUUUUAUAAAAUGAAGGCUGCUUUUGAAGCAUCUCAGACUCAGGUGUGCACCAAUACAAAGAAGGAUAAAGACCGUAAAAAAUAG